AGCAAUUAUUGGUGUUGAGUUUUGUGUAUAUAAAAAGGAAGGGCGAGACCAAAGUGUUAUAUAUACAUCAAAGACAAAAUAAACAAAAGUAGUAAAGAAAACAAUCAAAAGCUAGUUGAUUCAUCAAUGGCGAUGUCGGGAACAUACGUGACGGUUGUUACUCUGAAGGGAACGGCAGAGAAACACUACAAGAGAUGGAGGAACGAGACUAACCGCUUCCCGGACGCCAUCGGCCAUCACAUCCAAGGAGUCAACGUCCACGAUGGCGAUUGGGACUCUCACGGUCACGGCACCAUUAAAAUCUGGAACUACACUCGUGAUGGGAAGGAGGAAAUGUUCAAGGAGAGGAUAGAGAUGGACGACGAAAAGAUGGCGGUGACGAUCAAUGGGCUCGAGGGUCACGUGAUGGAGGAGCUAAAGGUGUAUGUUACAACCUUCCAGUUCAUCCCCGAGUCUGAGGAAGGCUGCGUCUGCAAAGUCAGUAUGGUGUGGGAGAAGCGCAACGAAGACUCUCCCGAUCCCAUCAAGUACAUGAAGUUCGUCGAGAAGAUGGUUGCUGACAUGGACGACCACAUCCUCCAAGACCAGGAAUGAUGGACGCUAUAUAGCUUGAUCAUCAUCACAUCCUUAUUUGUUUAUGGUGUGUCUUUAAUUUGUGUUUUCUUUCGUGCAUGAUAUUAAUCUAAUUAAUACUUCCUUCUAUCAGCAAUUUACAUGUUGUUGUAUGUUUUCAAAUAAAAAGUAACUCUAUCUAUCUAAAUAUUGUGAGAAAUAAAAAAAAUAUAUAUAUGCGUAAAUAGCGAAAACAAAUUUAGUCUUGUUUAUAAGUUUAAUUUAAAUCA